GACGAGUCCUCUCCGCUGCCGCUCUGACAGGAGUCCUCUCCGCUGCCGCUCUGAGACGAGUCCUUUCUGCUGCCGCUCUGAGAGGAGUCCUCUCCGCUGCCGCUCUGAGACUCCUCCUGUGUGUGAAUGUGGUGCCAGGAGAGGACUGGUCCGGCUGCAGUACGAGUCCCACCUUCACCAGCACCUGAAUAAACUCGGUUCCCUAGGAUAUGACAAUCAACUGUGCCAGAGGCCUGUCCCCGGUGAGCCGGCACAGGAGCGCGUGUUAGGAAGGGUCCCGCCUCUCUCCGCGGCGCUGCACACACUGCAUCAUGGGAAGCUCGCCGGAGGUGCUGUCCUGGACGUCAUGUCCCAGCCUGCUGGUGGGGAAGCUGAAGGAGGAGCUGAAGCUGUCCGUCGUGGGAGACGCCAUGAAGAAGGCCAGCGGGACUCCGCCCCCUCCGCCCUCCCCCCCGCGCAUCAUUGCAGACCUGGCCCCGCCCCCGCCCGCGCCCCCGCCCCCGUCCCCGCCUCCACACCUGCUGCAGGUGCCCCGGCAGGGCGAGGACUCUGUGCUGGGGGGCAGCAGCCCCCCCGCCACCGUGCUGAGCGAGGACUCGUCCCGCGAGCACAGGCACUUCGACAACAGUGUGCUGCAGCUGCAGGAGCAGGAGGCGGAGUCUCCGGGCUCGGGCGGGGUCGGGGGGCAGGGUGAGGACGACGACGGCAGCAGGGGGGGGCCCGCGGAGCACAUCAGGGGCGGCUCCCACCCCCACCCUCACGACGACAUCAAGCUGCACUUCCAGAGGGCGGGAAACAGCGGCUUCCUGGAGGGGCUCUUUGGCUGCCUGCGGCCCGUCUGGAACAUCAUCGGGAAGAGCUACUCCACUGACUACAAGCUGCAGCAGCAGGACCAAUGGGAGGUGCCGUUUGAGGAGAUCUCGGAGCUGCAGUGGUUGGGCAGUGGGGCGCAAGGCGCCGUCUUCCUGGGAAAGUUCCGCUCCGAGGAGGUGGCCAUCAAGAAAGUCCGCGAGCAAAAGGAGACCGACAUCAAGCACCUGCGCAAACUCAGGCACCCCAACAUCAUCGGCUUCAAGGGUGUUUGCACUCAGGCCCCGUGCUACUGCAUCAUCAUGGAGUACUGUGCCCAGGGCCAGCUGUACGAGGUGCUGCGGGGGGGGCGCAAAGUCACCCCCCGCCUGCUGGUGGACUGGGCCUCAGGCAUCGCCAGCGGCAUGAACUACCUGCACCUCCACAAGAUCAUCCACCGAGACCUCAAAUCCCCCAAUGUUUUAGUCACACACAAUGACACUGUGAAGAUCUCGGACUUUGGUACCUCUAAAGAGCUCAGCGACAAGAGCACCAAGAUGUCGUUCGCGGGCACCGUGGCCUGGAUGGCUCCAGAGGUGAUCCGCAACGAGCCCGUGUCCGAGAAGGUGGACAUCUGGUCGUUCGGGGUGGUGCUGUGGGAGCUGCUGACGGGAGAGAUCCCCUAUAAGGACGUGGACUCCUCCGCCAUCAUCUGGGGCGUGGGCAGCAACAGCCUGCACCUGCCCGUGCCCUCCACCUGCCCCGACGGCUUCAAGAUCCUCAUGAAGCAGACAUGGCAGGGGAAGCCCAGGAACAGGCCCUCUUUCCGGCAGAUUCUCUUGCACCUGGACAUCGCCUCUGCAGACGUGCUGGGCACCCCUCAGGAGACCUACUUCAAGUCCCAGGCGGAGUGGAGGGAGGAGGUGAAGAAGCACUUUGAGAAGAUUAAGAGUGAGGGCACCUGUAUCCACCAGCUGGACGAGGAGCUGAUCCGGCGCAGGAGAGACGAGCUCAGGCACGCCCUGGAUAUCCGGGAGCACUAUGAGAGGAAGCUGGAGAGAGCCAAUAACCUGUACAUGGAGCUGAGUGCCAUCAUGCUGCAGCUGGAGGUUCGAGAGAAGGAGCUGAUGAAGAGGGAGCAGGCAGUGGAGAAGAAGUAUCCCGGCAUGUACAAGCGGCACCUGGUGCGGCCGAUCGUCAGGCCCAACGCUGUGGAGAAGCUGAUCAAGAAGAAGAGCAGCCUGUCCCACAAGCCCAGCGCGCCUGCCCCCAAGAGACCGGACCUGCUCCGCUCGGAUGGGAUCCCCAGUGUGGACGUGCUGCCCCCCCCCUCGCCGCUGGCCACGCCCCCAGGGAAGGCGCGGUACCGGAGCAAACCGCGGCACCGCCGGGCCAACAGCAAGGGCAGCCACAGCGAGCUCCCCACCCUGCCGCUCCCGCCGCUGCUGCAGCACCACCACCGCCUGCUCCCAGAGGGCGCUGUUCUGCCGCUGCAGGGCCGCGAGGACGCUGUCGCCAACUGCGCCAAUGACCUGCGCUACUUCGGCCCGGCGGCUGCGCUGCGCAGCCCUCAGACCGACCUGCUGCAGCGGUGCGUGUCGGGUUCCAGCCCCGACCUCCUGACCAGCACGGCGGCGGCGGCAGCGGCCUCACGGCCCGGCCCUCUCUGCCCCUGCUGCCAGACACACCCGCUCCCCGGCUGCCUGCACUGCCGGGACACCCCGCCCUCCCCCAGCCACCCCGAGCUGCCCCACUACUCCCUGCUCAGCACCUGUGAGGGGUCCCCAGCACCCGCCCCCCGCACCCCCAUCACCGUCCCUGAGGGCGGAGCCCAGGAGGAGGAGGCGGGGCCACAGCCAGAGGCCUCCCCCGGCCUGCCUUGCACCCUGAGACCUCUGAGGACGGGCGGAGACGAGUCGUCCGAAGAGGAGGAGGGAGAGGUCGACAGUGAGGUGGAGUUUCCACGGAGACAGAGGCCUCACCGCUGCAUGAGCGGCUUCCAGUCCUACUCCACCUUCAGCUCGGAGAACCUGUCAGGGUCGGACGGGGAGGAGGGGAACACCAGCGACCGCUCGCACAGCGGGCCCCUGGACCGUCUGAGCGGCAGCCAGGAGGAGCAGCUGGAUGAGCUCCUGUCCCACACGCCCGACCUCCCCAUCGACAUCUCCACACAGUCCGAUGGGCUCUCCGACAAGGAGUGCGCGGUACGCCGUGUCAAGACCCAGAUCUCCCUGGGGAAGCUGUGCUCCGACGAGAAUGCACUGCACUUUGGGGAGUCAGACUGCGAUUCCUCCGAGGCUGAGUGUUCGGACGCCACCGUGAGGAACACCAAGCCCUGCGGCCCCUCCACCUGGUGAUCCACACCCCUCACCUGUGCCCUCCACCAACACCUGCAAUAAAGAGAUCACACUGCAAGCAGACCCUAACCCUAACCCUCACACUAUCCCUGCCCUACCCUAACACUAACACUAACUCCUAACCCCUAACUCCUAACCCUUACGCCUUAACCCUAACCCUAACCCUAUACCCAACACUCAACAGCCUUCCCCGGCCCUCUCUCCACUACCUUAGGAACUCAGCGCUGCGCA